AUGUGUGAGUGUCUGUCAGUACCGGGCUGUGCUGCUGGAGACAUGGCGGCGGCGCCCCCGAUUCCGCGCACCGGGAGCCUGAGAGCACAGCUGCCGUCCUGCUAUUACGAGGGAUUCCUUGAGAAAAGAGGAUCGAAAGAGAAGGUAGCUCGCCGUUUGUGGACCUGUUUAUGUGGAAACACGCUGUACUUCUUCAACAAUGCUAAGGAUGCAAAUUAUGUAGAGAAGUUGGAUCUGAGUGGGUUUGUUUCGCUGAUUGAUGAUCCAAGUCGUGAUAGAAAUCUGGAAGCAGCCAGACUGAAUCUCCGCAUGAAGGAUGGAGAGAUCAAACUCACCGCUCCAAAUCUGGAGGCACGUGAGCUGUGGAAAGGUUUUCUCUACUCUGUUGUUGAUCUUGUGGUGCCCACCACCCUCACCCUCCUGCCCGGACAGCUGCACAUGCUAAAUGAAGUGGUGGAGAAAGAGAAAAUGCGACGAAAGGCACGUGCAGCAUCAAGAGCCCUCUCGUCCCCUCUCUCGCUCCCACUGGUGGGGGAAAUACCUGCGUGUUUCAGGCCUGUGUCUCGUAAUGAAGCGGAAGUGUUAUUAGAAAGACAUCCAGACUGUGGAAACAUGCUGCUCAGACCAGGCCGGGAUGGAUCUUCACUCGCUGUCACCACACGGCAAGACCUAAACGGAUCAGUGUUCAGACAUUACAGAGUGACACAGAAGCAGCAGGGUGGUUACAUCAUCGAUGUGGAAAACCCAAUCCCCUGUCCCACACUUCAUGAUGUUAUCAAUGCUCUCAUGGAGAAAACCGCUGGCACUCUUCAGCCUUUUAUAUUGGAGGAGCCUUAUGAGGAGAAUAUCACAUUUGUGUCAUCCAAUGAUGAGAAUGGAGAGAGAACUCUUCACUGUGCACCAGCUGGACCAAUCUCUAGAGCUCCUGCCCUGCCUCCUAAACAAGUAGGAACCGACAAAUGGACGCUGCGAUCGCAGACGAGAUCUCCUAGUUCUUCCCCUCGAUCAUUUUCCCCAUCCGGCUCCCCAUCCAACUCCAUGAAAAGACUGGUUCUGUGUCCCUCACCGCUUUCAAAGAGCCUCACAGAUGAGCUCAAACAGAAGCUGGAGAAGAGACGGACCAGUCAAGAGUGAUGUAGUCCUCGUUUCAGCCCCCUAACGCCGUCUCAUUCUGUCAGUGCCUUCCACUAAAGACUUCUGUCCUGUUAUGGACACAGAUUCCCUGUAAUCAGCAUUCUUCCUUCUAUGUGACUUUAUCAACAGCAAAAACACAUCAUGUGAGCCGAUGUCCAACUACUUCUCCUACCUCAUGAUAAUGCAGGGUGCUCCUAGUGAUUUUGGAAAAUUAAAAGGGAAAAGUUAAGCCAAUAUUCUCUCUAUUGCAUCAGUAAUACUUCUACAUUCAGGGUUUCUACCUUGAAAACUUGAGUCAAUAGGAAAUUAAGACUUCCACACAUUCAAGAAAGAAGCACAACUGGUCUUACAAUGAAGGACUUCACUGUAUUGCUGGUUUCAAUCAAUUAUUAACUAUGAACUGAAGAAAACCAUCAUGUAUGCUCAGAUACAAUGUGAAUCUGGUGUUGUUCGGAAUGUAGAUCUCAGUAGAUCUAAAGAAACUGUUAUAUAUUUUGAAAUUUGAAUGAUGCUUUUGGACACAGUUGCAGAAGAAACACCCAAGCCUAUUAUAUUAUAAAAAAAUAUAAUAAUAAUUUGAAAGUAGCAGAUAGUUGGGCCUUCCGUAGUAGGCUAUUUCUCUGUUUUUUAAGUGUUUAGGUUCAUAGGUUGUGAGAUGGUUGCAUUUGUGUUCCCGAUUGGCCAACGUGACUGUCGUUAUUGGUUUAAUGAACCUGCAUUGUACUUCUGUGACACAUCUGUUUUCAUGUGAUGUAAAAAUUAUUUCUUGUUAUUUCUAAUUGUGAUAUUUAUGGGAAUUAAAGUGUAAUUUUUGUAAAAGUCA